AUGACCGUUAGAUGGAUUUACCGCCGCAGAAGCACCCUCGCGGCUCCCAGUAACGAUUCCGACGUAUUCGGAAAGCAUCUCUCCCUGCGAGUCCAUUGGAUCCCGACGCAGGGAACCUCUGCGACCGGUCAAAGCAGAUGCAUACGAGGCCGUGUGGUAUCGUGCGACGCGUCGCCCGGGCGUGAGAUGAGCGGAAGACAAGUGCCAGCAAGUGCGGAUGACGUUCCGACAACAUACGCUCUGUUCAAUCCUCUGAACCUUGAUGCCUCAAAGGAGCGACAGGCACCUACACCUGUACCAAGCAAAGCCGCUGCAGGAUACAUCUCGUAUGACGAGGUGCAGAAACACAACACCCCUGACAGUUGCUGGGUCGUCGUCGAAGGACAAGUCUAUGACGUGACGUCGGUAUUAGGGUGGCAUCCGGGAGGCGUGCCAGCUAUUCUCAAUAAUUCCGGGAAGGAUAUAACAACCCACAGGAAGGUGUUCAAAUCGAUCCACCCCCCAAAUACGCUUCGACGUAUUCCCAUCGAGGCGCAUUUGGGACCCAUCGAUCCUGCGACAAUGCCUGUAGACGCGAAUCAACCAACUGAAGAAGAGCUGCGCAUAGCCGAAGCUAGAAAGCAUAUUCCAUCGCCUUCAGCCGUGAUCAACUUAGAUGAGAUCGAGGACAUUGCCAAGAAAGUCCUCACCACCACGGCUUGGGCUUACUAUCGGUCUACCGCGGAUGACGAAAACACCUACUACGAGAAUAGCGCUGCCUACAAGCGAUUCUGGUUCCGCCCCCGCGUUAUGAACAAGAUCUCGCAAGUAUCUACGUCGACCACACUCUUCGGCCUCCCGUCAUCAUUGCCGAUCUAUAUCUCCCCGACAGCUCUUAUGCGACUGGGGCACCCAGAUGGCGAGAUGAAUGCGACGCGUGCUGCUGGGCAGGAAGGCAUUCUGCAGGGUAUUUCGAACAAUGCUAGCUGCUCAACGGAGGAAUGUAUGGCCGUCAAGCGACCCGAACAACAUCUCAUCUUCCAGUUAUAUCUGAACAAGGACCGCGCAGCAUCGGAGGCACUCAUAAGGAAUAUUGAGAGCCAAGGUUUCAAGGCGAUCAUGCUUACUGUGGAUGCCGCGGUACCUGGUAAACGUGAGCUGGACCAGCGUACCAAGGGUGGCGAUCUGAAGGAUAUGCCUGCCGCGUUUGGCAAGUCAAACACGGGCGGUGGCCUGGGUGUUUCGCACGCUAUUUCUGGAUACCAGGAUCCCGAUGUUUGUUGGGAUGAUGUCCCAUGGCUGAAAAGUCGGACAAAAUUACCUAUCAUUAUCAAAGGUAUACAGUGUGUGGAGGAUGCUGAAAGGGCAUUUGAGUCUGGGGUACAGGCAAUCGUUCUAUCCAAUCAUGGCGGUAGAGAACUCGAUUUCUCGCCGGCGCCAAUGACUGUCCUCUAUGAGCUUCACCAACGCCGCCCUGACCUGAUCCAAAAGCAUGAAGUAUACAUUGAUGGCGGGGUAAGACGUGGGACGGAUGUCCUGAAAGCGCUCUGUCUCGGAGCGCGCGGAGUGGGUCUCGGCCGACCGUUCCUGUACGCCAAUGGGGUGUGGGGAGAGGAAGGGUGUCGGAGAGUCGUACAGAUUUUGCGCGAAGAGAUCAUCACUGGUAUGCAGCUCAUGGGCGUGACCAGCCUUGAUCAACUGAGACCGGAGCUUGUCCAAUAUGUGGAUCGGGACCCGCCUCCUCGUACUCGAUGA